UUUUAUGUUUAGAUGGCUUCUUUUAAUUCCCUAUGGAGUUGGGGUUAUGUCUAAAUAUGAUUAUAUUUGGAUGCAUAUUACCGCUAUUAUCGCAUUCAAUAUGGGAGGAAUUGUUAAUUCGUUAUUAUAUAUAAUGAUCGAAUGCCCUCCAGAUCUAAAACAAAGUAAAAAUACAACAAUCACCACAACUACAAAGUUGGAACGUCUAUCUUUUAAUUCGUCGGAUUAUAAUACUACUCCAAAAUCUCUUACUGUACCAUUGGCUGUUUUUCUUCCAUCUAUUUUUAACUCUAAUAAUCCUACUUUUAAUAAUUGUGACUCUUUUUAUGGAUUAAAUUCUUCUUUAGAUAAUGAUGAUUAUGAUGAAAAAACUAUAAAAAAAUUACGACCUGAGAGUAAUCAAAAUAAGUUCCCAUCUGAUGAUUAUAAUAAUAUUCAAACUGAAACAUCAGAUAUCAAUGAUGAAUUUUAUUUGGCAUUAAGAUGUUAA